AUGGCGACUAAUUCACCUCAAGCGUGGUUAGAAGACGAAUUAAUUUGUUCUAUCUGUCUACAAAUUUACACUGAUCCUGUGAUUCUCAAUUGUAAGCACAGCUUCUGUAAAGUCUGUAUUGAGAAAACCUGGGAUGAAGCAGUGUUUGAUGCUUAUCCCUGCCCUGAAUGUAGGGCAGAGUACAAGAAACAGCCACUUCUGCAGAGGAAUUUCAAACUUGCAAGUAUUAUUGAGAAAUAUAAAGUUCAAAAUACUUCAACCCAUUCGCUUUUGUGUAACUAUUGCUCCAGCAAACCACGGCCAGCAGUGAAGACCUGCCUGAAGUGUGAAGCUUCCAUGUGCCCAGAACACCUCAGACAUCACACCGAGAGCUUUGUGUUCAAAAGCCAUCUCCUUGUAGAUCCCACUGCAGACCUGGCCCCGUGGAAAUGUACAGAACACCAAGAGCUGCUGAAGAUUUACUGUAAGGAGGAUAAGGUGUGUGUCUGCACACUCUGCACUGUGUUUGGGAAACACAAGGGUCAUAACUGUGGGAGCAUCAGUGAGGGAGAGAAGGAGCUCAGGGCUUACUUCAAUGAUCGAACAGAAAAGAUCAGGACCAACAUCCAAUCAGUACAAGCUUCCCUUGGAGAUCUUCAGGAAGAAAAGCAGAAAACAAAGGACGAAAUAAAACAAAAGAAAAUGAAAAUAAAGGAGAAGGGUGAUGCACUGAGAAAGAGGAUUGAAAGUGAAGAAAGAGAGAUGUUUGAAUAUUUGGACAGAGAGGAGAAACGGGUCAUCGUGGAGAUUGAUGCUCAGAUCAGAGAUUUCAGUGACAAAGAGAGCAAAGUUCAGAAAUACUUGAGCAAUCUGAGUAACAUCUCGAAGGAAAAGGGAACCAUCUUCAUACAGAUGCUUAAUUCGGAAGCUGGCAAAUUACAAAGUUUAUCAAAGCCAUUCCCACUGCUCCACAUUCCGAGCUUAGAUACAGCAAAACUGCAGGAGUUGGCGCAAUGGUUGGAGGAACGAGUGGAGAGGAACAGGGACGUCACAGUCUUACUGUAUGGCCAAACCCCAAAUCUGGAUCCAUUCACAGCCCACCCUCAACUGGUUGUAUCCCACAAUAAGAGGAAUGUGACACUCACUCGACAGAAGCCAAAGUGUGCUGAGAGCCCAGGACGAUUCGACUGUUUCCCACAGGUCCUGUGUGCUAACAGUGUGAACCAUGGCCGUUCUUACUGGGAGGUGGAGGUUCCCGGUGAAUGUUGGAGAGUUGGCGUUUGUUACAGGAGUCUGAGCCGGAAGGGUCCAGGGUCUGAGUGCUCACUGGGAAUGAACAAUAAGUCAUGGAGUGUGUGCUCACUGCUGGGCUCCUGUACUGCUCUGCACAACGGAAACAAAACAAUACUAUCCACUGGAAACCCAGCCAGAGUGGGAGUGCUGGUGGAAUUUGAGGCUGGAGUCAUCUCGUUUUACAAUGUGUCUGACAAGAAACUAUUCCUGUUGUACUCUUUUCACCAGCAAACCUUCACUGAACCACUUUACCCAGCCCUGACGGUGAAUGGUUAUGAUGAGUGCAUCACUAUGUGUGACUUGAGUUUCCCAUUUUCUUGAUUUCUGAUUAUAUUGUUGCUUUUGAGCGGGUUGAGAAAGGAGUUUUAUCCAUUUGCUCUGUUGAUGUAACCAAGUUACAUUUUAAUGCUGACAUUUCCUGUUAGAGAAAGGCCAUAGUGUAAUCAUUUAAAAAGCUAAAUUCUAAGGAUGUGCUUUUA